AUGCCUGUCACCUUUUACAGGGCUACAGCACUGACUCUGGCACGUCCCGACAGCCCUGGCCGCCACAAGUAUCAUCGCCGUCAAACCUCCCUGCGCAUUCUCGGGGGCUUUCACCCGGGUGGUGCUGCAGCAAUCCUCGCGACCAUCGCACGUCUGCUCAGUCUUGGAACAGCAUGCUUUGUCACAUCCUCGAUCGGCCUCGGUGAGGUGGGAAGCAUGGCCACAUUCCCCCCAUCGGCACAACAACCGUCCUGUGGCGGUGGCAAGCGUCGGGAGCUCCCGCAAGGUGGGGAGGCAGUAGAUCCACAAGGCAUGCUGGAUCCAAGGAACGGCUUUCUAGGAUCAGACCAAGAGAAAGCAAACGCUGAUGGACUCUGGCUCCUCCCUCUCUCAUAUGUUCUCUUCCGCCGGCAAAAUGUCAGCAUCUCUCACGUCCUUGACUCCGCCAACCGUGACCUCGUCAAGGGGAAGCCUCCUGUCGGGACGAGCCCGGUCGAAGCCUGGAAAUGGAACUCUGGCGACAUGGCGACUACCAAAUGGGUGCCGCAGAGGAUCACCGGUUCCGCUGAUGCCUCAGCCUCGGGCAAAUGGGACAGCCGCGAGAUGUGGCUGGUCAGCUGGCACCGCGACGACGAUAAAAGCGUGCGCGUGAGCUUUGUCGACCGCAAGACGCACAAGUACCGCCAUGUGCUCCUGGUGGAGCCCACUGCGGAGGAUAACUUUGCUGCCGUGCCAGUGCAUGCGGGUGGGAUUGCGUGGUACGGGGAGUGGUUGUAUGUUGUGGAUACGUCGCAUGGCAUCCGGGUGUUAGAUUUGGGUAAGAUUUGGGAGGUUGAGGAUGGUGAUGAUGUUGGAAAGAAUGGUGGGAAGUACUCUGCAGCGGGAUACCUCUAUGUUCUUCCUCAGAUUCGAUCCUACAAAUGGACACCGGGGUCCUCGUCUCCCUUCCGCUUCUCUUGGGUCUCUCUCGAUCGCAGCGACGAUACGCUGUUGGUCGGGGAGUUCAUCCGCGACUCAUCCAAAGACCCGAUCCGUCUUGUGAAGUACCCACUCGACAGCAACACUGGCAAGCUCAAGACCAACGACAAGAGCAUCGUCACAGCCACAUGGGCGUACUGCGCCGAUUUUCUGCGCAUGCAGGGCGGCUUCUCAUACGGCAACACGUUCUACCUCUCACGCAGCAAUGGAAGGUCACCCAAAGCCGGGGAUAUGUUCAAGUGGAAGCCUGGAGGAAUGGCGGAACUGCGUAGUGGAUGGUUCAUGGCGGGGAAUGAGGAUUUGAGCUAUAACAAGGUGCGCAAGGAGUAUUAUACCGUGACGGAGUAUGAUGGGGAGCAAUUCAUUCUGGCUUAUAACAAGAUGUAG